AUGUUCACCAGAUCGUUACAAAGACAAGCCAUCAGGUUUAACAGCACAGUUGCAAAGUCAGCACCUAGAGCUUUGUCCAAUGCAUACAUUGGCAAGUUAGAAUCAAGAUGGACCACUUUGCCAAAGGAGGACCAACAAACCAUCAUAGAGGAAUUGAAAUCAAGAAUGGAAUUGCCAUGGCAAGAGUUGUCUCCCGCUGAGAAAAAGGCUGCUUACUACAUUUCCUUUGGAGAAUGGGGACCAAGAAGACCGUUAUAUGCUCCAGGAGAAAAAUCACAAAUUUUUUGGAUCGUCACUGGUUGUUUCAUUGGAUCAAUCUUUAUGUUUGCUGGUAUCAAGAUGUUGGCUAAACCAGCUCCAGCAUCUUUGGGCAGAGAAUGGCAAGAGAAGUCGGACGAGUACUUGAAGUCAAAGAACGCCAACCCAUUCUCUGGUUACUCACAAAUUCAAUAA